AUGAAGCCUACAUUCUUUGUUGCUGGACUGUUGUCUCUAGGUCUUGCCUCACAGGCAGAGCUUAUGCGUAUCGAUCUCAAAAAAACCAAAAUGACACCUGCAGAGAAGAUGGAAGCCUAUUUAGAGGCAAGACCGUACCUAGCUCGCAAGUACUUUGGUUCAUCAUCAAAAGAGUACAUGUCAGAAGCUACUCAGAACUUUGGCUUCGAUGCCGAUGGAAAAUCAACCCAUGGCGUGCCUCUUUCCAACUACAUGAAUGCACAGUAUUAUGGCGAUAUCACUGUUGGCACGCCUCCUCAGACCUUUUCCGUCAUCUUUGACACGGGUUCAUCCAACUCUG